UCACGCUCAUACACAAAAUCAACAUCCACAACAUUCUCCAGUGGCACCUUCACCUCAUGUUCAACAACAUUCAAUCAUGCCUUCCCCACAUCAGAAAACCAUGAGACCUAUCGGUGUUAAUGGACCCACUCAAGGUGGUCAGAUAUUACCUCAAAUGCCAAUUGGACAAGGACAAAAUCUUCAGAACCAAAAUCAAAAUCAAGUUUUAACACAAAACUCGGUUCAGGGUCAAGGUCAGAUUCCACAAACACAAGGAAUGUUACGUGUUUCAACACCUGGUGUUUUCAGACAACCAAGUCCAGUUGCUUCUAAUCAAAAUCAAAAUCAAAGACAAAUGAUUAAUCUUCAAAGAGAUCAACAGUUACAAAAAUCAGUUGGACAAGGACAAGAUGGACAAACGCAAAUGACUCAACAACAAGUUCAACAUCUUCAAAUUCAACAACAUACCGAUAGGUUUUACGCAGGUUUAGGAUUGGGAACUGUACAUCCGACUGUAAUGAGUUAUACUGUUCAAAGUAUGGGUUUGGGUGGAAAGGAAGUUUCAGCUAUGUCUGAUGAGGAGCGACAACAAGUUAUCGCUCGAUAUAGAGCUACGAUGCAGAAUCAUCAUCGCGCCAUGGCUGGACAAGCCGAGCAAUUAGGACAAUUAGGACAUUCAGGUCAACCUCAAUCUCAACAACAGCAAACUCAGCCUGGGCAACAAGGUCAACAACAAGGAGGGAUGAACAUGUCACAAAAUCAAAUGAUGGCACAACAACAAAUGUUGCAACAUUAUCAAGCUCAACA